AGACAAAAUACAUAUGCAUGCGUAUAAUCUGGCGGGUUCGGAUUAGAUAGUUAGAAACCUAUGUCCACUCAUUGCCCACAGUAUUCGGGUUGGAGUUUUAUUCUACCCUAUUAGCGGAUUAGGCCGAAUUCAAGUAUAUCCCUGAAUCUGAAGCUUUUAAGUCGCCCAAUUCUAACAUUUAUGCCCGCCGCCCAACGAAUUCCCUAAGGCGCCAAACUUCUCCAAUUCCCGCCUUUUUGGGUCCCUGAGCAACACAUUCGCUUGCUUUUCCCCAACCUCACCACGGAAAUUACUCCAACUGCGUGCCCCAGCAAGGGAAACUAAUCCUUCAUAUCUCCUUGACUGCAACGAAGAGAGGGGCAAGCCGAUGAUGACGAUGAGGGGGAAAGACGAGAAGCGGUUCUGGCUUUUGAAGACGGAGGCAGCGGAGUGGUCGUGGGAGGACCAGGCAGCCAACGGCGGAUUAAGCAACUGGGACGGAGUGAAGAACAAGCAAGCCCAGAAGAACCUCAAGUCUAUGAGAAUUGGCGACCUCUGUUUCUUCUACCACUCCGGUGCCCGCGCCCGUCGGGUGGUCGGCGUCGUUACGGUGGCCAAAGAGUGGCACGAAGCGACUGGAGCGGUGGACGUGAUGGCCGUGGGGGAGAUGAGGAGGCCGGUGGACCUGAAAGAGAUGAAAGCCGAUGGUGGGUUGCAGGGUUUCGUGCUGUUCAGGCAGCCCAGGCUGUCGGUCGUGGCGGUGCCGGUGGAGGUUUGGGAGAGAGUUUGUGAACUCGGCGGUGGCUUCCAAGGAGAUGGCAAGGCCGCGGGCGGUGGCGAGGAGGAUUGAACGCUACCGGCUUCGGAGGCAAAUUGGAAGCCGUCUGCGUAUAUAUAUAUAUAUUAGUAGAUGCACCGCCUAGCUAGCUGCAACAUUUUCCCAAAAUCUUAAUCGAUGGAUGAUAAUUAGUUUUCUAAGGUCAUGGAUUAUGCUUUGGUUUCACUCUUCAUUAUUGUGCCGCCAUGGCAUGGGUAUCCCUACACUACGUCGUUUUCGCGGAAAGCAACAACCUUGCUCAAAGUAAACUAUGAUAAUAAAU